UGGGACCGGGCCAAUCGCGGGACGUGCUACAUAAUAGCGCUGCCUCUCAGUUCACGAACCUCGCUCUCAUUUCAAUAGCGACUCUGGCACCAACAUAUCGGAGCGGCGGAGGAUCCAGACAAAAGUGCGUAAUAUCUGACGUCAUAACUCCCCUCCCCAGCGAACGGCAUCGGAUUUGGAGACGUCCCCAGGUAGCUACGUUCUUCAAGAUUUGUAUCCCGAAAGAAUUUUGAAACUGCCUUGGACAGAAUUCCUGUGGCGCCCUGUUAAAAAAAGGGACCCUUUUUUUUAACCCAGUGUACGUGUACGCUGAGCUGCUGGAUGAACAGUUUCUCGCAGUACGCGCUCAAAAAUAUCCGAGUGCGUCAUUUAUGGACACAGAUAAAACCUUUCGGGAUGUUUAAACUUUUCAAGAUUUGGAGGAUUUGUACUCUAUAUGUCACAGUUUAUUUGUGGAAAAAUUCAUUGUCGUGCACUGUAGGACACUGGAGAUACGGCCUCUUAAAACGGACCACCCGAUUCAGCUGUCGUCGAGUCUUCGCGAGAAUAUCCAAGCUUGCCAACGCAUAGCGUGCUCAUAGCAAGCUGUGCGCGUGGAACUGGCGCUGAAUAUAGCGGUAGCCGUUUGGCACAUUUAGACCAUAGGUUUAUCUUAUCAACGUGCUAGGGUCGUAGUGCCACUGCGGCGGCUCCAAACCAAAUGGACUGACUACUGGUGAAGUACGCGGUCUGUCUGAUACGAUCGGCUUCCCUGACAGUGUCAUUCGAGGAUGGCCGUCUGGCCUGCUGGAUGUUUUCCCUGCGUUCCACCUCCUGGAAUUUCUUACUGGUGUGAGGGAGGCAUCAUGACCAGUGUGGACCGCGCAGCGACGUAAUCAGCGGUUUGUUUGCAGUCGACACCGCGUCGUGGUCCACGUUUGUCGCGAACCACCAGCCUGACGGUGCUUUGUCGUUGCAGCAACCGGGAACGCAUAGUCCGGGCACAAACCUGUAAAUUUCAAACCCAUUUGACUUUCUUACACAGCUCUCCCAAGCAGAGAGGGAAAUCCGUUCCUGAUUUCCGAUUUGUUACUGGAUUCCCAGACGCAACUCUCUUGUUUUGGUACCGCAUUGAGUUCAACCACGUUCGCAUUUUCCGUGACGGUGUCAUUGUUGCUUCAGUAUCGAAAGCUGGACAGAGAACGCCGGGCCAUAAAAACUAUACAACACCGGAUAUCCACUUGAACUGAAGGUCGAGUUGACACGUCGGAACUGACAUCAAGAAAAUCAGGUUAAAUGCCACUACUUUGUAUGGGGGAAGCGCACCGUUAACAACGCACAACGAAAGGAUGCUGAAAGCAGGCGAAGGCCAGGCGUUUCUACAGAUGGCUUCAGGAAAUCUCGUGGAGGCGCUCAUUCGCCGAACACUGCUGGAGGACAACUUGGCCACAGACGAACGGCCUGAGGACAAAUACCGCCCUCCCGCCGCCAAGGCGGCCAAGUGCCCCAAGACUGACCCCUGGGAGGAAGGCAUUGACGACGACAACGUGGAGUUGCGGGUGCCCAUCAUCAAGGACAUUGACACCAAGAAGACGGCGUCAUCCAAGACGCCGCCGACUAAGAAGGACCCGACUAAACCAGACUCUGGGAGAAAAGUCAAAGAGGAGAGCAGAAAAGAGACGCUCCUGAAGGAGUGGAGGGAAGCCGAGAAGGAAGAGGAACUACGCAGAAAGAAAUAUGCAGCUGUUCUUAACACCGAGGAAAGAGACUCCAACGAUAACACGACCAAGGGGCCUGGGAUGAGCCCAGCAGAGGCGGGCAGUGCCUCACCCGAAGCCCCAGAGGAAUCAGCUGUGAAACACUCGAACUCCAAGGACAAAGGGAAGAAAACUUAUAGCAGCAAGAGUAAGCAGGUUACAUCCACCGACCAGCAAGGAACCACCGCGAAGGAAGACGGUGCGACGCCCAAGAAGGAGAAGAGAGACAAAGCGAACGGCAACAAGCGAAAGCUGGCUAAGUCACCCAGGGAUUCUCCCGCUUCGGCUGGGAGUGAACAGGACUCCAAGUAUGCCAAGCUUGACAAGAACUCCAACGCAUUUACUGGACGCAGAGAAUCUACAUCCUCGGAGAAGAGUGAAAUGAUACCGUUGUCAGCUGAAAACACUGUGAUUCUAUCGUCACCCUGUGGGGAGAACGGACAUAGUCGCAAGCACGGUGAUGAUGACGCCCGGGUUGAGCCAAAGCCCAAGCGGCCCAAAUCAGGAUCUGAGAUGUCCGCUGGUCUCACCAUAGCCAGCAUGAUCGAGAAGACACUGGAUGCGGGACUUGGGGCUUCGCUGAGGCCGCCCAGGGGAACCCAUGCCCUCGCAGGGACUUCUGAAGCCCGCCUGGCCCAAUCAGAAGCUCACGAACCGGACGCCUCAGCGAAGAGACGGGAUACCCACAUCCGUCACGACGAAGCUUCAUCGGCCUUCGGCGUGGCCGUGCCGAAACUGCGUUGGGCACUGAACGGCCAGCAGAAGACAGAUUCAAAACUUGGCCAGGAUUCCGACUUAGGAGGCUCCGAUAACUUACGGCCAUUCCCGUCGUCGCGCCCGCAGGCCCACAAGCAGCAAACAGCCGUUGCACCAACUUCGGGCGUUGUCGUGAAUCAGCCGCAACUUUUGCAGCCCAUCUUCCCCGUCGGAGUGGCAGUCUCCAGAUUCAGUUCCUCAGCACCCAUUAAGAUCGACAUUCCCCGAACCUGCCCACUUCCCAGCAGUGGUUCCUCCCCUGGCUCGCCCAAAGACAAUCCCUUGUUCUCCCCUAACCACAGCGAUGGAUCGCUGUCGGCCAACCAGAGCGACAACGGAGCCACCAGUCCCGGUAACAUGGCAGACGGUUCUAACGCCUCGGGCAGCAAGAAGAAGAAGCGAAAGCGAUGCGGGGUUUGCGAACCUUGCAUGACCAAGCAGAACUGUGGAGACUGCUCGAGUUGUAAGAAUCGUAGGACUGGUCACCAGAUCUGCAAGAUGAGAAAAUGCGUGGAACUUCGCAAAAAAACACAGGCUCCAGAGCUUACCAUGGAUGGCUCGGCCAAUGGGAGCAGAGCAAAAGGAGGACUUCCACCCUUUCCGCAGCUGACAGCUCCGCCUCCAAAGAAUGGCCCCAUUGAGAACCACAACUCCCCACCCACCACUCUUCCUCUUCACAACAGUACGGCUCCAGAUUACCCAAACUCCGACUCUUCCACUGCUGUACCCCCUCCCAACAUGAGCUGGCCCCCGCCUCCCCCCAUGGUGAACGGGUACAGCAGCAGCGAGGGCUACCCAAAGAUGAACCACUUUCCUCCGCAAGCUGAAAUGACGAAAGCCGCCGAGAGGGAGGGCCGGAGGGAGCCCAUUGAGGCAGUGGGCGAGGGGGGUGUGGUCAGCAUCAAAAAGGAACAAGGAGUAGGGGAGGCGGUGGGUAUCCCUGUCCCAGCCCACCACCAUCACCAUCACCACCACCCCCAUGCCAAGUACGCCUUUGCAGCCUCCAGCAAGCCGGACAAUGCAACCACUCUGACCCCAUCUUCAGGAAAAGGACCCGGGGGUUACUCUGCGGCACCUGUCACGGCUACAGGCAAGCCAACAGGCAGCCCUUCGCCACCUACGCAUGGACAGUACUUUGACAAGAAACUGCAGCUGCAGAGCAGUGCUGCAGUCACGGCCAAAGAGGCGCUGCCUCCGAUGCUGAACAGCAACCACAGCCGGUCAUCCAGCAUCCAGUCCUACCCGUCAUUUACUUUCCCAACUCUCGGCUCAUCCAAGCCGAGCAAUCCGCCGACUCCCACCAGUCAUAUCCAAGACAGGGGCACACCUGACCACAAAGGAAGCAAUAGCACAACAACCCCUACAUCAUUGCAAUCACCAUCCUCAGAGAGGAAAGCCCUUUCUCCUGUGGAUGCUGCCGAAUCACUUCUCUCCCUCAGCUCUUCUAUAUCAGCGCGGCAUUUCCCCUUCCCACCCGCUCACUUCUCAGGGAAUCACGAGCAGCGACCCCACGAACAGCGCCCCCAUGACUCUCAACGCCCUCACGAGAAGCGUCCGCCCCCUGGCUUCCUCAGCAGUGGGCCUUCCUCUGAGUCCCCAUCCCCUUCUGUUGCAGCCAUCUCUUCUGUUCCAGUUUCGUCAAAAUCCGAACACUCCUCAGAGAAGAAGUCCAAAUCAGAGAAGCACCACCGGACAGACUCCAAGACCAAAUCUGACCACAAGGGUCUCAAGGCAGAGCACAACCGGCCCAGCGGGAUCACGUUACCUCCAAUGACUGUGACCGGUUUCCCCGGCCUGCCGGUUCCCGGCGUCAUGCCACCCGGCUCACAGAGCGGCAUCUCAGCUUCAGCCGCCAUGAAAUCCACCGGCCGUUCCCUUUACCCUCUGCCCAGUCAGACACUUCUGGCAUCCUCCACGAAGCCCAGCACUGGCUCAGAGGCAGGAGAGAGCAAGGCCACUACAGACAAGGACCUGACUCCACGGAAGCUGACUCCGGCUGAGCUCCAUCGGAAGAUGCUGGAAGAGGACAUGAAGGAGGAGAUGCCCGACUGUGGAUGCUUAGAGAAUGAUCGUGAUGAGGCACCGUACUACACACAUCUUGGAGCAGGUCGGUCUGUCGCAGCAAUCAGAGAAAUGAUGGAGAAAAGGUUCGGCCACAAAGGUAACUGCAUUCGGAUCGAGAAAUUGGUUUUCUCCGGGAAGGAGGGCAAGAGCUCCUUGGGCUGUCCCAUCGCAAAGUGGAUCUUGAGACGUUCAGGACCAGAAGAGAAGAUCUUGGUGCUGGUGCGAAAUCGACCUGGCCACCACUGCGAGACGGCCUACAUCAUCAUAGCCACUGUUGCCUGGGAGGGCUGCCCUCGCAAGGAAGCAGACAACCUGUACGACAUAUUGACCCAGACGCUUCCUUCUGGAGCCAUCCCAACUGUGCGCCGCUGUGCAGUCAAUGAAGAAAAGACCUGUGCCUGCCAGGGCUUUGAUCCUGAAUCUUGUGGCGCCUCGUUCUCGUUUGGUUGCUCCUGGUCAAUGUACUACAAUAGCUGCAAGUUUGCUCGCAGCAAGACACCAAAGAAGUUUAAGCUGCAGGAUAAUGCCGAUGCUGAAAAGGAGGAGAUGUUGGAGAACAAGCUGCAGUGGCUGGCCACAGAAAUCUCUCCACUCUACCGACAGCUGGCCCCAGAUUCCUUCCGAAAUCAGGUUUUGUUUGAGAAGAUGGGGUCCGAGUGCAGGCUUGGAUGGGGUGAGGGUAGGCCGUUCUCUGGCGUCACGGCUUGCAUGGACUUCUGCGCUCAUGCCCACAGGGACCAACAGAAUAUGAACAAUGGUUGCACAGUGGUGGUGACAUUGACAAAAGAUGAGAUUCGGGACCGUGUGCCGGACCCAGGCGACGAGCAGCUGCACGUCUUGCCUCUGUACUACUUAGACAACACUGACGAGAUGGGCAGCAUGGAGGGCCAACAGGAGAAAGUGCGACGUGGCUCCAUCGAGGUCUUGACCCACUACCGGCACAAGUCCAGGCUCCGACCCAAACAGGACCCGGUCAUCCCCAAGGGUGCACAAGUCCGUACAAGCAGGCAUGGGGACAAGAACAGCCCUAGCCGUGGCAAAGCUGCAGCAGCAGCUGCGGCAGCUGCCGCGGCUAGAGCAGCAACACCGCAAGGCAACAGCCAUCAUCAGAGCAGCCACGCCAGCAGCAAUUCGAGUCACAGAGAUGCUGAUGCCAAAGCCUCCUUGGCAAAGAGCAGCAAGGAGCAGUCCACGUCUGGGACCACCUCGUUGCCCUCACAGUCCCAGGCCCAAGUCAUGCAGAUCCCCCCUCACCUGUGGCCUCAGUACCAACAAAGCGUGGAGCAAGUCCGGGCAGCAUGGCCCGGCGUUGAGCUGACCCCCAGUAGCUUGGCUGCAGCGGCUGCGCUGAGGCCGGAAUUGCAUGCCUUACACCCAAUGAUGUAUGAGAGCAUGCAGCGGGAAGCCAUGCAGAUGAACGCGGCAGCCGCUGCCGCAGCAAGCUUGCACCCGGAAUGGGCCCGCCUGUACCCACAUCAACCCCGUAUGUUUCUCCCACCUUACGCCCAUCCAGGUAUGGUGGGGCUGGCAGCCCACGAACACCUACAACAGAAUCAGGCCCUGGCUCGCUUCAUGAGUCAGUACGGCAAUGACCCCUACAUACUCGCCCACCCCUACAUGCGCUACCCUCAUUUUACCGGACUCUCCAUGGAAGAUGUCAAACCCGACAUGAACCAGCUGAGUAACCUGAUGAAGGCGUCGAGCAGGAGUGAGCGUGAUGCACUGUACAACACCUUCAGCAUGAAGUACGGAGCACAGCAUCCAGGGGCAGCUGCUGCAUCCGGGUAUGGCAACUCCCGGGUGGACCAAAUGGACUUGAGCAGAGACCACCACACUCCCAGACCGAGCACCUCUUCAUCUGCAGAGUCCAAGUACACUCAAAACCCACCCCCUAAUGGGCUGAGGCAAGAUCUGAGUCACCAUCCACCUGCCAGCCAAGCUGGCCACAAGGAUGGGAUUUGGCGGCCGCCAGUCUUUCAGAACAGCCCCUCCCGUGAGAGCACCCCAUCCCAAGAGCAUCACAGUUACCCGAACCAGGGCACUCCCCCUUACGGAUCAGCAUUCCAUGAUCGGAGUAAGAGCCAAGGGGAUCAAAGGAGUGCUUACCCACAGGAGGGUAGCCACCAGCACAGAGACUAUCCAAGCUUUGGUCAUCGAGAGCCCUCAUCUGCUUCACAGAGUAGGAAUUCCUCUGACAGUCGGCAGUAUAGCACCUACCCACAACAACAAGCACACCAGGAGCACAGUACAGCCCGACGUGAUCUUUCUCAAAGCUACCCAUCACAAGACAGCAAACCAUACCCAAGGCUCCAUGAAGUCUCAACUCCUUCGACAUCCUCCCACCAGCAACAGCACGAUAAGUCAAAAACGAUUGCCGAGCAUCUGCGACUCAUGGAGGCAGCCGGGCCAAGUCCCAGCAACCCCACCCCCUCUGCGCUCCCUCCCCAGCCCUCUCCGAAGCCAGAGGAGCCCCAGGAGAUUGAGUGCAUCUCGGACAGCGAGGAGUGCUUCCGGGACCCAACCAUCGGAGGCGUGGCCAUUGCGCUCUCCCACGGCUCCAUCCUGUUUGAGGCUGCCAAGCGCGAGCUCCACGCCACCACAUCCAUCCGGAACCCGCACAGGCAGAAGCCCACGCGCAUCAGCUUGGUUUUCUACCAGCACAAGCACAUGAACUUCCGUCACCACGGCUUAGAGGAAUACGAGCGUAAGAUGCAGGCCAGGCAGGAUGAAGCUGAAGAGACAGCCCGGCUGAAUGGAGAAACGCCUCCCCCACGCAAAGGUCGCAAGCGACGCCUCUCAGCCAGUGAUGACACAGUCAUCCCCGACAAAACCAAGGUAAAAUGCAGCUCUGCAUCCAAGAAGGUACCAACCAAGCAUGCCCAGACACCUGUUACCAACACAGUCACGACUCUGGCCUCCACAGCUUUCCCAACAGUAACAGGGCCGUACCAGAAAUGGGUGUAAAACCAUGCCAUUCUGUGGUCAAGCUCCUAGCCACCAAACUUCAUUCCCAGUGCUGACCACUAGAGUUUAUGUUCAUUGUUGUGUUGCCCUAUAGGAUGGACUUUGUCUGUCUCAAGUUACCAUGCUGGAACACGUCUUAAGCAUAUUCGCAUGAUUGGGAACUAGACUUGUGUUGAGAAUUUUUAGUUACACUUUGUUUUUUUGGGGGGGUCAUAGAACUGCACCACAAAAGCCUCCUUAGUGCAGGAAAAGUUUUGCUCAGUAAACACAAGUAAUCAGACGAAAUGCCAUUUGUUAAGUAAUUUCUGUAGCUGUUGCUUUUGGGUGAGCAUGAACUUUGACUAAGCUCCACAGAACUGGCUUUGGGUUUUGCAGGUGAGUCUGUAAGCUGACAGUCACAAUCAUUGCAGUGCAGCAUGGGAUAGCACAAGAAUACUAUCCCCCCAACCAUACAUGAUCAUAGCGUACACGGUCCAUGGGGAACUAGACUUGUACUAUAAUUUGUAUUGAUGCAUACAUGUCGUUGACUUUAACACAAGAGAGUUUCAUGAGCACUAACUACCUUGACUUUUGUGCCAGGAACUUACUUGAAUCGUCUAAAGUCUAAAGGGCAUUGAGCCCUCAUGGAAAGCAGCAGCCAGCCAGGCUUUACUUUGCUCAAUCCUACAAAAGCCUCCAAAAUCUCUUGGUGGAUUUUGAAGGAACUUGGAGGGUUGAGUUUAUUUUGUACAGGUGUUUUUAGAAUCUUAUAGCAAAAAAAAGAACAUGAAAUUUGUCACCAGUCCUUAUGCAUUUAACCAGCAAUGCCUCUGCUAUGCAUGCUGACUGACUGUACGAGCUUAUCCACAGUCCAGUCCUCAAGGUCAGGGAUUCUUUCCUUCACAAAAUGCACUGAAAUGACAAAGAUGAAAUUAGAUCAAAUUGAAAAAGUGAUUCCCCAUUACCCUUUCUCUCUCUAUGCUGACAUUUGAAUCGAAGAGCACCUUUGUCGCCAGUGAUACAAAGUUCUUGUUUUUUUUAAGACUGCUGCAUAGAGCCAAGAGUAAUGAAAGUAAGCUGCCACCCCUGGCUUGAAUUGAAUGAAAUUACUCCUCCCAAUCCAUUCAUCACCUUUGACUCUGCCAGCUUCAUGCUCUGAACACAACACCCUGUGUGUUCUUUUUUUUUUCUUUUUCCCCACUUCUUUUCUCGCUCUCCUCUCAGCUCCAGUCAAACCUAGCUUUCUGGCCCGCCCCCAGCACAGAGCACCUGCCCGGCGUGGCCAGCCUCAUGACGCCACCAACCAGCGCCCUCGCGCUCGCGCGCAACCCGGACAAGGUGGCCGGCCGCCCUGUUUGGCCGCAGGCCACGGGCGCCCGACCCCCACAGGUUUGACUGCAGUGUUGUAGAACUCGUGCUCGCUCUCCAGUCCCAUCUGUCUUCUCGUAGUCCUCAUUGUACACUUGACUGUCAGUGGGUAGCCUUUUCUCACUACAUUACUCAUCCUAGACCACCAGUGAAAGCACUACUCAACUACUGUAAUCAACCGGCACUUCGUUUUUUCAAAACAGAAGUCUUUGUAUCGAGUUUCACCUUGUUUACUUGACGUUGCUCACCAAAGAGUGCAAACUCAUGAGUGUUAGUACUUACCUUCACACUGAACCCCUUCCUGACAGAGCUCGUACUUGCACUCGUCCAAAAAUACUUGACUAGCCAGUAUUUUAUAAUGCUACUUGCCCUGCAGGCUGGCUUUUGUACACCGAAGCUUAGUCUGACUACUUAACGUAACUUGUGCAAUGUGAUAAAGGCACCAUGAAACAGUUGUGUUACUACGUGGAUGCACAUUUCUCUCUUCUUUAUUUUUGUCAAGUGGAAUCUGGCUGCGACUUCUUUUCCUGCGUGCCGUUGCUUUUGUUGAAAGUUUAGUGAGUUGUUUUGUUUUGUCUUCUCUGGCUGGACUUAGUGCGCUUUGUAUUAUUUUGCUUUUUGUUUUCUUUUAUUUCGUACAUUUUGCGUUGGAAUGUCUUCCCAUGUGCUCACCAGUGGCUGUCGGCAUUGCAUGGAGUGCUGGUAUUAGUUAAUUCUGGUCAUGUGUAGCAUGUCUGUUCUGAUCAUUCCAGUAAAUGCACAUUCAUGCCUGAGUCUUGAAAUGAGAAUGUGCUUUUUCCCAGAGAUGGUAUUUGCCCCAUUUCUGCAGGGUCUGUUAUGGUCAAAAACUGGAAUGGCUGCAGAUUGCUGUGAAGUUCUUUUUGAAUGUGACUUACCAAAAGGAUCCAAAAUCAAUUUGAGUUACUAGCGAAGGCAAAAGUGACCCAAAUUGUCAACUCUUACGUUUGUUCGUUUGAUCCUGGUUAUCAUCUUCAAAGUGUAUAUUUCCCUCAAUCGUAUGCCCUUUGCAAAUCAUUCAACAUCAGGAAAACAAUAACUAGUAUUUUAUCACAGAUUAUCUGUAGUUUCUGCACUGAAGGUAGAGAUAUUUUUAAGCAGACCUAUUCAACUUACCAUUUUUUCUUACGCAUCAAUACCUCAUGGUAACAAAGUACUUUUAUAUUGGUGCUCAGAGCUCGUAAUUUUUAAAAUAUGAAAGUUUUAAAUAUAUUCACAGAAACUGGUUCCACUGCCCAAUUUUGGAACCUAUCGUGCCCAUUCAGUAUUGUUCAAAAAGUAUGUAGAAAUGAAAUUCUCACUUUUGCUGCAUUGUCUGAGGGUCCCAGUAGUGGCAACUGUUCAGACAUUAGGUCAACUGUAAAUUGAAGUUUGUAUGAAUUUAAAUAAGGAGAAAGAUUUACUGAUUCUGAAAUGUAGCAGUUACCAGGCAGGAAGACAGAUGUGGUGACCUGGUAUGGGCAAACUUGAAGAGAUGCAAGGGAAUGGUCACUUGCUGUGGUCCUUUUGCCAUUUGUUUCCAUGGUUGAUUUUUCACAUGGAGCUUUCAUACACAGAAAUCGGCCAAUAUGAGAAAACGGUAUGCCAAGUAAAAUUGCGUUACCGGUUAGAAUGUCAUACUCGUCGUGUCAUGGCUCAUCACUGGUUCUCAGGUCAUCCUUGCUUGGCUCAGUGACAAUGUUAGCCCCAUGUAUUACUUGCAUUGAAAAGGGUCUGUGAACGAUUCUCCAUGACGUCACCCUCAAACAGUAGUGCAGUGAGUGAUGUCUAGCUAGAAUAUGUAAGCUAGGUGUGCAUGAAUGUGCUAAAUGUCAGUCAAAAUGUGACAUCUUUAAAUUUCAUCUGCUGGAAUGUACAAGGAUGACUUGGUGCAUUGCCAGGGAUGUGCACCUGCUUUGGUAAAUCUUUAGCAGAGGAGGGGGAUAGGCUCUUCAGGGAACUUCAGAAGAUUUCUGGUUCCUGUGUGCCUAGUGGGAGAAAGCAGCAUGGCAUGGCAGUUUGGAUUGUACCGAAGUUUGAAUAGCAUUCCCAUGUUUGCACUUGGGAAUGCACAGUGUUUCAAAUCUGUCCCAGUUGAGAUCAGUUCCCAGUUAGAACAGUAAGAUGUCCACUGGAGCAUUGUUCAAAUUCUCAAGGUUUGCCAUGUAGAAAGAACUCUGUUGUGGUUCAUAUAGAGUGUUCGAGUUCCCCAAAUACCUAAUUGUACUCUCAUUUACAUUUUUAAACAUCAUUUAUGAUUUGGUGGUGAAGUGCAUGCUGGGAUGUAUCUUCUCUAAGCCUAGUGUCUAUUACUAUAGUUUUUGUGCAUAAUGUUAUGCAGGUUAUGAAUAUGUAUAUUUCCAGUUGACCAAUGAGCAACCAGUCAUACUUCAUGUGAUACAAAAGGAACCAUCUCAUUGGACCAAGAACGAUAUGCUAAUGUAAGAUUUGUUAGAGGCAAGGGAAUGUAUAUUUUUCUCUUCCUUGUGAUUCUUUGUGGGAAAUACGACUGAAAUGAUCGUGUGAGUUAUCAAUUAAAAAAAACAUUUACUGGAUUUGGUUUGUUUCCUCAGAAACAAUUGAAAAGAUGUACAAAAUGGUAAUGAGCGUAGGAGCAAUUACGACUAAGUUAUAGAGUGUAAAGUGUGUGAGUAGAAAUAUAGUUCAAAUAUUUGUGCUUUCUUUUUUUUUUUAAGUUAUUUGGAAAGUUUUGUUUUAGACUAAAGAAUUGUUUUGUCUUGUUUCCAUUAAAUAAUUACUUAUGAACAUUUCCAGUCAACUUCCCCAUACGCAACUGACUGGAAUUCCAGCGAAGCAUUUUACAUGGUAAAGUACAAAGUCUUGUAUACAUUUUAAAAGUAUGGAUUGUAGAUUUUUAAGGGGAAAAAAAUCAAGUUUCUGAUGAAGUCUUAUAAUUCACAAAAUCCUCUCUGACUAAUCUCAAAUUUUACUCGUGAAAUCAGUGAGUCGAUUCUUUUAGAGUGAGAUUUAAUCGAUUUUAGUAUGGAUAAAGUAACGUCUGGUUACUUUUUAUGUAAAUUAAAGAAAUUUACAUUAAUUGUAAAAUUACCCUAGUUACUCUGUUGUACAUAUGUAAAAUUUUUAAAGACAGAAUAACUCAAAACCACUAUAAUUGGCAGGUUUUUGAGAAGAAAUAUGUAUAUAUACAAAACCAAGAAAUUACCCCCAAUGAAUUAGAGUCUUGAUUCUCAUGUAAAAAAAAUGAGUGUUCAGUUUUAGCAAAUCAUGUCGAGAAAUUUUAUGAUGUGUUUGUCUUGCUGCAUUUUUAUAGGCAAAUUAUAAUUGGUUUUCAAGUGUAUAAGAUGAAGUUUUCAAGCAGUUUGGAGCUGUACACGUUUGUUGCAUCAUCGGACACAGUUUUUAUGUUGUAUUUUGUUCAUCCUUAUCCGAUCUUAAUUUUCAUCCAAGAAUGAAUUUUCUUAAACCAACUAUCUGCCGGUUUUCUCCAGAUGAAAAGCCAGUCGCUAGCUUCUUGUACUGAGGAUGGGUUUUAUGGAAAAGAACAUUUCUCUGCAGGUAUGGAAAUCAGUGUAAAAUGUCGUACCUAAUUUAGACUUCAAAAGAAUUACCGUAGCAGACGAAAUGUAUAUUUUUGUGAGUUCCCAAAUAGAAAGUCAGUUUGAAAUAAUAUCAAAAUUGUGAAUUCUGAUGGAUGAAAUUACCAACCUAUUUGUAUACUAGUGUAUAUGUAUGUACAUUUGGUUUUCCAUGCAAUUUUUCUGUUUAAAAAACGAGGUCUUGUUUGACUAGUCUUUACCAUUGUUUGUGUUUAGCUAUUUUUUUUUCACAGUGUGUGCAGAUUUGUGUGAGAAUAAUUCUAAACGGUAUGUGCAAGAUUCUAGACUACAGUUCCUGGAGUGAAUGGCAGUGAAGCGUCAAAUUUGGUUAAAAUCCUGUCUUCUGUACAUCAAAAAGAGACUUAUUUCAGCUGUGUGGCUUUUUACUUUUCAAGAUACCGACAAUGUAGGGAAGAAACUCGUCCCACCAAAAGUAGAACAACUCUGUUGUUAUCUCGUUAACUUUUUCUCCCACUGAAAUAUCUCUAAUUGUUACACAGUAAUGGGGUUAUGUGAUCAUGCCUGUGGCGUGUGCAUUGUGUAGAAUAUGACAGUCUUCGACUUCGUAGCCAACUCUGGAGAUUUGUGUUUUUUUAUAUGUAGAACUUCACCACUAAAAGUUCUUCAGCUGUACAGAGUGAAACCGCUUCUUAUUUCUUUGUUAUGGGACAUGUGAAAACUUGUUCUUUAAUUAAAACUGAGAUGAUAUGCAUCUCUAAGAUCAAAAGAA